AUCAGUCGCAGCCUUGAGAAUCGAUUUUUUUCUCAGCAACUCCCUAGUCAUUAUCUGAACACUACAACAAAGUAGUUCAACUGUACUGUACCCUACAACAUGUCAUGUCAUACAAAUAAACAAUAGCUUCCACAAUGGAUCGGGACAAAGCUAGCCCGCCCCACUUCACCCCCCUGGAGUCCCCAGGUCUAAUGUCUCCCUGUACUUUACUGCUGGGUCUGGUCGACUGCAGGAAAACACCGGGGCAGAGUGGAACUGAGACAGGAGAAGAGGAACAUGGAGAUGUGAUUUCAUUACGUAAGAACCAUGGGGACAUCCCUAAUCGUUGCUCUCUCAGUGGGAGGGGCUUAUCAUCUGGGGAGCCUCAACAUCAUGAUGCUGACAAGAAAGAGCAGAGUCUCUCCAGAUCAGAACACCUCAAGAAACACCAGCAAAGACUUUUAGGGAAGAAACCUCACCACUGCUGCUUUGACUGUGGGAAGAGUUUUGCUAAACAGAAGGAAUUGAUCAUUCAUGAGCGGAUUCACAACGGUGAGAAACUGUACCACUGCUCUCAGUGUGGGAAGAGUUUAGCUGAUUCUAAAACCUUAAAUUCUCAUCAGAAAAUUCAUACAGGGGAGAUACCGUACCCCUGCUUUGAUUGUGGGAAAUACCUCAAUCAAUCAGGAGCACAGACAACACACAAACACGUAUACUCAAGAGAGAAACCUUAUAGCUGUGAUCAGUGUGGGAAGAACUUUAAUAAAUCAGGACACCUGACUAUACACGAACGCAUACACACAGGAGAGAAGCCUUAUAGCUGUGAUCGGUGUGGGAAGAGCUUCAGUCGAUCAGGAGACCUGACUAGACACCAACGCAUACACACAGGAGAGAAGCCUUAUCGCUGUGAUCAGUGUGGGAAGAGCUUCAAUAAUUCAGGACAACUGACUACACACCAACGCAUACACACAGGAGAGAAGCCUUAUAGCUGUGAUCAGUGUGGGAAGAGCUUCAUUCGAUCAGGAGACCUGACUACACACAAACGCCUACACACAGGAGAGAAGCCUUACAGCUGUGAUCAGUGUGGGAAGAGCUUCAAUCAGUCAGGACACCUGACUUUACACCAACGCAUACACACAGGAGAGAAGCCUUAUAGCUGUGAUCAGUGUGGGAAGAGCUUUGCUCGAGAUUUCACUCUGACUACACACCAGCGAACACACAGAGGAGAUAAGCCUUAUAGCUGUGAUCAGUGUGGGAAGAGCUUUGCUCGAGAUUCCACCCUGACGACACACCAACGCAUACACACAGGAGAGAAGCCUUAUAGCUGUGACCAGUGUGGGAAGAGCUUCAAUCAUUCAGGAUCCCUGAUUAUACACCAACGCAUACACACAGGAGAGAAGCCUUAUAGCUGUGAUCAGUGUGGGAAAAGCUUCAAUCAUUCAGGAUCCCUGACUGAACACCAACGCAUACACACAGGAGAGAAGCCUUAUAGCUGUGAUCGGUGUGGGAAGAGCUUCAAUCAUUCAGGAUCGCUGACUACACACAAACGCAUACACACAGGAGAGAAGCCAUAUAGCUGUGAUCAGUGUGGGAAGAGCUUCAAUCAAUCCGGAGACCUGACUACACACCAACGCCUACACACAGGAGAGAAGCCAUAUAGCUGUAAUCAGUGUGGGAAGAGCUUCAAUCAGUCAGGACACCUGACCACACACCAACGCAUACACACAGGGGAGAAGCCUUAUAGCUGUGAUCAGUGUGGGAAGAGCUUCAUUCAAUCAGUAGAGCUGACUAGACACCAGCGAAUACACACUGGAGAGAAAUCUUACUCCUGUCUUUGUGGAAAGUGGUUUGCUCGUUCAGGGUCACUGAUAAAACACCAGGAACCACAAACAUGUUUUCUUUCAUCUCCCUCCUCUCCGGCACCGGUUCCAGAUCCCUAAAUACAGUUUCAAUAGACAACAUCUUGUGAAGAGUCAUCCAUCUCCCCUUCUCUAACAGUUUACUAAGUCUGAUUACCAUGGUAACCUGUGUAGCAUGAUAUGCAGCUCUGGAUCAAUAUGUAUCAAGCGUCUUGAAGUAGGAGUCCUGUGUGUGGUGGGGUGUUCAGAGCUGUAUCUUAUUUCAUUAACUCCUGUUAUCCAUUAAAUAAUGUAGAAUAAUGUUUCAAAAAUGGUAGGUGCAUAUUCAUGUGUGAUGGAAAUGUUGUCUGAAGAGAGAGCCUUGAAUUGUACAUCUUGUCUCAUACAAUUAUUGGUUCCUGUAGGUGAUGGGUAGAGAUAUGAGGGGGAGAAGGUCAUGACCCCCUCAGACCUUUUGGCAGAAUGCCCAGAAUAUGUUCUAUAAGUUAAGAUAGGAGAUGGUUCCAGUCACAUGCAGGAUCCAAACGUUAAUGAUGAAUAAUGUAAAUCAUUCAAAUAUAACUUGUCUGUGUUAGCAGUGUAUAAGAGAACUAACGGGACUGCCCCGAAAGAGCUCCUGACCGACGUGUACUAUGGUGCAUUAAGUUUGUUGGAAUCUCUCCAGAUUGCUGAUAAUAAAGAAUGAUUCAUUUCAGUUUGA